CAUCCUUGCCUAAAAUCUCGUCGAGAUCGCAUUUAAAAUCAGAACUUAAAGCAAAGGACCUGAAUGACUUUGAACCAGUUGCUUUAAAAGAAAACAAUAGUUUAAACUAUAAACGAAUAAUCAUAUUAUAAACAUUGUUAUAACUGUAGCGUAUCAUACUACACUGUUAAUAUUUACAGUCAAGUAUACAUUACUUGUUUGUUUUGCUGCACACCAUGGGACGUCUGCUGUAUAUGUUGUUGUGUUGUAUGACUUGUGAUUUUGUCCAAACGAACACAGAGAUAACAUGCGGGACCAGGCAGUUCCUGUGUGGGAACGGGAAAUGCAUUACGUUGAGAUGGGUGUGUGAUGACACAGAUGACUGUGGGGAUGGCAGUGAUGAGCUCGCUGGUGUCUGCUUGGACAAAACGUGCAGACCCACAGAAUUUAGCUGCGGUGGGAGUCUGAACCAGUGUGUUCCCCAGACCUGGCUCUGUGAUGGCAAAGCUGACUGUAAGAACGGAGCAGAUGAGUUAAACUGUGCUCCCAAGCAGUGCACAGACAGCGAAUUCCGAUGCAGUAACGGCCAGUGUGUGUCAGCCUCCUUCGUGUGUGACGAAGAUUCAGACUGUGACGACGGGAGCGACGAGUCUUCCUGUCCACCCGCCACCUGUGACCCUGCCUCCUUCCAGUGCAACAACUCUGUCUGUGUGCCGCGCUUGUGGGCCUGUGACCAAGACGCCGACUGUUUAGACGGCUCAGACGAGUGGCCUCAGAACUGCGGGACGCAGUCCCCCAAGGGUGCCCCCAAACCCUGCUCAUCUCAGGAGUUCCACUGUGGCAGUGGGGAAUGUAUCCACAGCAGCUGGGAAUGUGACGGCGGGUUUGACUGCCUGGAUCGCUCCGACGAGACCAACUGCAACCGCGCCACCUGUCGCCCCGAUGAGUUCCAGUGUGGUGAUGGCACCUGUAUCCACGGCAGCCACCAGUGUAACCGACAGUACGACUGCAGAGACCUGAGUGAUGAAAUAGGCUGUGUUAAUGUGACACAUUGCGAGGGCCCCACCAGGUUUAAGUGCCGCAGCGGGGAGUGCAUCAGCAUGGAGAAGGUGUGUGACAAGCAACGAAACUGUAGGGACUGGUCAGAUGAGCCGCUCAGGGAGUGUGAUUCAAACGAGUGCCUUUACAACAAUGGUGGCUGCUCGCACAUCUGCAAUGACCUUAAGAUUGGCUAUGAGUGUCAAUGCCCCACUGGCUACUACCUGGCAAACCAGAAACACUGUCAAGAUAUUGAUGAGUGUGCCAGCCCAGACACCUGCAGCCAGAUCUGUGUUAAUCAGAUAGGCAGCUACAAGUGUGAGUGUGAAGAAGGCUACCAGGUUGACCCAGCUACCAAGGAGUGCAAGGCCAUUGGAACUGUAGCCUAUCUCUUCUUCACCAAUCGGCAUGAGGUGAGGAAGAUGACACUGGACAAGAGUGAGUACACGCGCGUCAUCCCACGCCUUAAGAAUGCAGUGGCCCUGGAUAUGAACAUCGCUGCCAAGGACCUUUACUGGUCUGACCUCUCUCAGAAGAAGAUCUACAGCACCUCCAUGGACUUGGCUGCAGACACCACCCAUCACAGAGUUGUGAUUGACAGCGACAUUGAGGCUCCGGAGGGCAUUGCCUUUGACUGGGUCCACGGUAACAUCUACUGGACCGACAGUAUCCGUAGCUGCAUCUCCGUGGCAACCGCUGAUGGGAGCCGACGCAAAACUCUCUUCCAGAAUGGGCUGACCAAGCCCCGUGCUAUUGUUGUCGACCCCCACAGAAACUUCAUGUACUGGACUGACUGGGGAACUCCAGCCAAGAUUGAGAAGGGAGGUCUGAACGGGGUUGACCGUGCUGCUCUGGUCAUGGAUGACAUUGUGUGGCCCAAUGGAAUCACCCUUGACCUGCUGAACCAGCGGCUGUACUGGGUGGACUCCAAGCUGCACACUCUCUCCAGUAUCGAUGUCCAGGGUGGGGGCCGAAGAACACUCAUUAUAGAUGAAGACAGGCUGGCCCAUCCACUAGGCCUCACCGUGUUUGAGGAAAGAGUGUUUUGGACAGACGUCAGCAACAAUGCCAUCCUUAGUGCCAACCGUGUGACAGGCAGGGACAUCAAACCUGUGGCAGAGCACCUGGCAUCCCCAGAGGACAUUGUGUUGUACCACAACCUCAAACAGCCAACUGGCAGGGACUGGUGCAAGCUGGCCAACGGAGGCUGUGAGUUCUUGUGUCUGGCUGCCCCCCGUGUCUACGGAAAUUCCCCCAAGUAUACCUGCGUGUGCCCUGACAACAUGCUGCUUGCCAAAGAUAUGAGGAAAUGCCUUACAGUUGCACCAACAUCCGCUGCACCCGUCAAGCCCAAUGUUCCCUCACCUGCAACUGCAACCCACGCCCCUACGUCCCCCAUCAUUACUACCACGGUUACACCUGCCACUCCCCGUGCUGCCAGGCCAGUCUCACACGGACCGAAGAUCCUCCAGGGUCAGACUACCACAGUGCCUCAAAGCACCACUCAGGAAAUCAACCAUGAGUUUGCUGCUAUGCCCACAGCCCCUUCACUCAUUGCAGGUUUAUACAUUGCGCUGCCUAUAGGCAUUGUGUGCCUGUUGGCUUUUGGUGCCAUGCUAUUGUGGAAGAACUACAGGCAGCGGAACACAAACACAAUUCACUUUGACAAUCCAGUUUACCAGAAGACCACUGAAGACCAGGUGCACAUAUGCAGGAGCCACAGUCCAGACGGUUACUCCUACCCACCGAGGCAGAUUGUGAGCCUUGAUGACGAGGCGUAAUAUCCAUGCCAGCACCAAUGUUUUUCAGAGGAUAUCAGAAGUGUGACACAUAAGCUAACUGGAACAUCUUUUUUACUUACCUCAAAGACAUAAAAAGCCAUAGAAAGUGUCAUACACUGACCAGACCACUGUGUGUUCAUAGACCAAUGGAAGCUCGGAAAAGAAAAUCAGGAAAAGGAGGAAGGUUUUCCAUCCAUGUGCCUUUCUUGCCUAAUAUGCACAAACCAGAGCCAUAAGAGACCAUCAGCUCAUCUUCACCAAGCUUGGGCUUUUUUAUCGAAUUAUACAACUGUAUUUUUGUUCUGAGAUUCAUUGUCUGAAUUGUGAAAUAUCUGCCUGUUGGAGGAUUGCCUUGGAGUUUAACGACAGUAUCAAAGAAAAGGAGGAUAGGAUUUGAGCAUUUUCUGAAUGUGAAAAGUGUGCCCUUGAUAUAUAAUUUAACUGCUGCUUUCUUUAACAACACUUUUAAAAAUGGUGUUUUACUACUAAGAAUUCAGAAGCUACGUAGUGUAAAUCAUGUAGAUGUUUACUUUUCUCAUGACCAGGAAUGAAAAAGAAAAAGAAAUCUAUUAUCUUUUUUAACAUUUUUAUUAUUAACUGUGUUUCUGAAUAGUUUAAAAGCCAAACACCAUAGCCAGUUGCUUAAAUGAAUCCCUUUGUAGUAAAUGAAAAGUCUACUGACUGAGUCAGAAAGGGAUGAAGUCAUAUUUUUAUCCCUA